AUGGUGGAUCAAUUGGUCGGCAAAUGGGAUCUCGUCUCAUCGGAGGGAUUCGACGAGUACUUGAAAGAGGUCGGAGUCGGGUUGAUGACCCGGAAAAUCGCCUCGAACCUCAAACCGACGCUGAUCUUCGAGAAAAAUGGCGAUGAAUGGUCGAUGACGUCAAAGUCGACUUUCAAGACGUUCACCGUGAAAUGGGUGAUGGACAAGGAAUUCGACGGGGAAACGGCUGAUGGAAGAAAGGUGAAAGCGAAAUUCUCGGUCGAUGGCGACAAGUUGAUCCAGGAGGAGAAAGGCGAAAACGGAAAGAACAGCCGAUUCGAGCGUUUCCUCGAGGACGGAAAGCUCAAAAUUGUGUGCGAAAGCAAUGGUGUGAAAAGCGUGCGGGUUUACGAGCGAACGCCU